AACUCGUCGAAGCGUUGGGUGGUGCGCCGCGUGGUGUGGUCCCUGACGCGCCAUCGAGUAUCCUCGAUGAGCCGGUACCUGAGAUUGAUGUCCCCAUCCUCAGGCCUUCCCACCCCCCUCGGGACAAGGGGGUUCCGUCGCUCAAACAUCUCGCUGGGAAUGCAGCCGCGUCGGUGAAGAAAGAGUUAAGCAAGUUCGCAGAUUGGGUGUUAUCUUAUGUCCCUGGGUCUGUGAGAAAGACUGUGGAUGAGCGGGUGAACAGUCUAAGAGAUAAAGUGGACCGCAUAUUCAAGAGGGUUGAGCGGUUCGCACCUAAAGAGAGACAAACAGCGUUGAAGGGGUAUCUCAAGACGCAUAGGGUAGACGGGCAGGAAGGGUAUGACCCCAAGGCGUUCGUCACUGGUGUCAAACCAAAGGUUCUAGAUCUGAUCAAUCGGCAAAAGAAGCCUAUCAAAGUCAAGUUUAUCUUUACUUGUAAAUUCGUAAAAGAAAACCUGACCACCGGCCAGGUUGAUGAGAACUCAGGGUACUUCCAUUCCAACGUUGAGGUGGUAACAGAGUCAACAGAUUUCUCUGACUCGUUCAAUACGAUGACAAAUCGUAUACUUGAGUCGGUUGAGCAGUUUCAAAACCAAGGCUCCGGAUGGCAGUUUGAUCGAGUGGAGUACUUUGAUAUCAACAUCGACCCCUUUGAACCGCUUUCUGGAAGCUCCUUUAUUCCACUGCCGUCAAAAUUAGCGUCUAAAAAGGCGAUCGUCAAUGUUAAGAACGAGAGCGAUCACGAGUGCUUCAAAUGGGCGGUGACCUCAGCCGUGUUUCCUAGAGAGAGACAUGCCCAAAGACUAAAUAAACAAAUGAGAGAGAGCUCUGAGGAGUUCAACUGGUCAGGGAUAGAGUUCCCCGUUUCGCUAAGACAGGUUGAUAAGUUUGAGAAGCAAAACCCCUACGCGAUUAACGUCUACGGGUAUGAGGGUGAUGUAUACCCUCUUAGAAUAAGCAAGAGACAUGAAGCUCAUGUGAUCAACUUGCUUCUCAUAUCGAACGAUGAAACAAGUCACUACUGCUGGAUUAAAAAUAUGUCGAGGCUGCUAUCCUCUCAGGUCAAUAAUCACCAACACACAAGCGUGUUUUGCUAUAGAUGCCUUAACUCAUUCUGGUCAAAGACUUCACUAGAAAAACAUCUCGAGUACUGCGCUGAAAACGAGGAGGUUAAGAUUGAGAUGCCUGUAGACGAAGAUGGGGGUCCCCUCCAUGCUUACUUUAAGAAUCACACCAGGGGAAUGCGGGUCCCCUUCGUUGUCUACGCCGACUUUGAGAGCGUCACAGAGAACAUAGACACAUGUUCCCCAGAUGAGGGGAGAAGCUUUACUAAGCAAUACCAGAAGCACAAACCAUCAGGUUACUGCUAUCUCAUCAAGUGCUUUGACGAUCAAAUAUUUCCACCCAAGCUUGUGCGACACACAGCUGAGUCCCCCGACGAAGAUAUCCCGCAGAUGUUUGUAGGGAGUUUAGAGUCAGACAUUAAGGACGUUUACAAUAAGUUCAAGUUCACUAAGAGGGUUAAGACGACUCUGAAGGAUGAAAUCGCCUAUAACAACGCCGCUCACUGCCACAUCUGUGAGGGUGAGUUAGGAGGGGACAAAGUUCUAGAUCACUGCCACCUUACAGGAAGGUAUAGAGGGGCUGCUCACAACGAAUGCAACCUUUAGUUUAGGAUUCCGAAGUUCUUUCCUGUCGUCUUUCACAAUCUGUCUGGGUAUGACAGGCAUCUGUUUAUCAAGAACCUCGGCACAUCGGAAGGCGGGAUAAACUGUAUACCAAA